AUGAGCUGUAGGUUGUUAUGCGCAUAUCUAGAGGCAUUACCACGUGAGAAAAACCGAGUAUCAAGUUCCUGUUGUGUCAAUUUUACCAAACCGAAGUUAUACAAGAAGGGUGAUGUUUUCUUCUGCCACCUUCAUGUAUAUGUAUUAUAUCCUACUGAUUCCAUCGACGCUUAUAGUGGCUGUUAUACUUUGUGUUGUCGCGUGGUUCGCAAAGAUGUCAUUUGUUAA